AUGAGCUUGAUGCCCCUUGCAUUUCCCACAUGGGCCCUCACGUUUCCCAAGAUUUACACCCUUGGACCGCUCCACGCUCUCCUCAACUCCCAAAUAGGUGACAUGUCUCGAGGUCUAGCAUCCCACGGCUCUCUUUGGAAAAGCGACCUAAACUGCAUGACAUGGCUUGACUCCCAGCCUUUCAAAUCGGUUAUCUAUGUCAGCUUCGGGACUUUGGUCCACUUGACACGUGCCCAAGUGAUAGAGUUUUGGUACGGCCUGGUCAACAGUGGGACACCCGUUCUUGUGGGGUCAUGA